UUGGAUAAAGCAUAGUAGAAGGUUGGAUGGAGAAUGUGGCUUUGUAUUGGAUGCUGAUUGCACUGGCUGUAACUGUUAUAUCAGAACUUGGUAGUUCUUUGAAAGAUUUGGGCUCCAUUGGAUGCGAGACGUCAUUGGAAAAUAUCAUCGAAAAACGAAAUAUCAAAACUUCUGACAUCGUCUUUGAAUGUCCAGGUUCAUGCCUUGGACCAAUGUGCCGAGUCACAGGCUCGAAUCCAUAUCAUGAAUCUUCUAGCUUGUGUUGUGCAGCACUUCAUUCUGGUAUUUUUGCAAACAAGGAUGGUGGGCGUGUGGCUAUACAUAUUAGUCGUCAAAUGAAUAAUAAUAUAUUUCAUGGAUCUACAUGUAAUGGUGUAAAAUCUCAAAUGAGAUUAAGGACUACGUUUGUAUGGUUUCAAAUUGAAAAUUCAACGCUAUGCUUCACUACUCCAGCGCUUCCAGUAACGACAACAAUGAUUAUGCCUUCGACUACCAAAGUUGGGGAUGAAUCCUCGAUUUCUACCUCAUCGCAAUCUGGUACAGUAAGUUCAAAAAGUACAUAUCAUGGCGAUAAUCGGGUUAUUACUAAACAAAAUUCAGUAUCUAAUACGACAAAUGGAGUUCAAUUUAAAUUAGAAGAUAAAACGAACGAAAUAUCAACAAUAGAUCAUUUUGAGACACAUAUGAUAAACACGACAGUUUUUAAUUCUGUCUUAAGCAAUAAUGACCAACAAUAUAGUCUUGGUUCAAGUUCUCUUGCGGAAAUGAUUGGAAUAAUAAUCGGAGUAUUUGUUGCUGGUUCAUUAUCUACUUUUUUACUUAUUCGCGUUUGGAAAGUUAGAAGAAAGAUCCGCAAACAAUGGCAGAAUCAAAACAGUUCAAUUGAUCGGGAUAAUUGUGUUUGCUAUUAUAAUUUAAACUCUUCAAGACAGGGUUUAUUACAUGACCCUGAAACGUGUGAACGUCCAUGUUCAAUUCGAAAACCGAUUCUUGAUGUUGGAGUACCUCAUACAGCAGAUGAGCAAAGAGAUUCUGAUCAAAGACAAACUCCUUCCAAUUGUGUGGAAGUUGUCAAUGAAGACCAAUGUGGUCUGUCAUGCAGUGGGACAUGCAAUCCUGAAAGUUAUGAUUUUUAGCAUUCCUAUAGGUGUUAUAUCAAUUCAUAGAAAUUCUACUAUUUAUUAUAAUUCAAAAUAUUUUGUGCCAAAACUUUGAAAUUCCUAUUUAAUUGUUCUCUUAUUUGUAUGGUACAAUUUUUAAUUUAUUAUAAAAUUUUUAGGCUGCCAAAAACUAACUGUAAUUACUUUGAAUUUUAAUCUCAGAUCCUAGAAUGAAUUACCAUAAAUGCGCUCAGCUAGUUUUUUUUAAUAGGCCCUAUAAUAUUUUUUUAAACAUUUGAAAUAGGCAAUGGCCUAGUGGUUUAGGCGUUAGGCUUAACUAUAAAGUCAUCGAAGGUUCAAAUCCCAUGUCGUCCACCACACACAACGUGUAAUAAAUUGGGCAGACGAUGUCGAACGGAGAAGAUUCUAGUCCUUCCAAAAUAAAGUAGUUUCUACAUAACAGUAACGUUUAGUAAACUUUUUUCUAAUUCAGCUAUCCACUUUUUAUCUACAAUUACAUUAGAGAUACAGGCUGAUCCUUUUUUAUGUUUUUACAAUAUUCUUGUUUAUAGUGGGUAAAUCCGCCAAAAAAUUAAAUUCGUACAUAAUAUAUAUUUCCAAAAUCUUUUUUUGACCAUUUGAAUGUUCCAACUCACUUUUAAGUACCAUAGUUCAAUGAUCCCACUUGCUCAACAAUAUUACGAUUUUUGAAGUCAUAUUUGUACUAUAGAUGUUUGUGAAUUCAGAUCUUGUUUAUUUUGGCUCAUUCAGACAGUGAAAUUAUUUCAUCACUCUUUAUAAUUUAUGAGCCUUUUUUUAUAUAAAUAUGUCAGAUGUUUAUGAAGUUCCACAUUGUGUCUGAAUGCUGUCUAUUUAUUGUAAUAUACAAUAUUUAAUACAGGCUGAUGUAUAUUAGUGUAUGUGUUACCGGUAUAUAAUAUUUACUGUACAACUUAGUAAUUAGGAUAAUUAAAUGAAGGAUAUUUUUUAAUUGAAUUGGUUAUCCUAAAUAAUGGAAACUUUGUGGCUAAAUCAAAAUAUUUCAUCUUUUAAUUAAUCAUAUGCUAUGCUAAUAUCCAGAUGCCAUAAUUUUAUGCAAUCCAAAAUUUUGAACAAAUUUUUUGUUGCAGAAUGAAAUUUUCUGCUGGAGUAAUUGAACCAUGACAAAAGUGGUAAUUAUCUAAUAAGUUAUCGCCAUGCCAUUUGUUAUUUUUACAAAGCUCGUUAAUUAAGUGUACAAGGCCAAAAAUGUAAAACAUGAUAGUAAAGUAACAUACACAGUAAUGGACCAUAGUCAUUAAAUGCCUAUUUGGUGGGAUAAUUAUGCCCAAUGCUCAUCUCAUUUUUUGUAUAUAUUUUGGUGUAUUCUGAUGUGUUGAUUUACUAAAAGUUGUGAAGAGAUUCUGUUUGGGAUUAUGCUGCCUAACGUACUAAAGCAACACCAUCAAAUUAUUUUUUAUUUAUUGCAUUAAUUUAUCAAUUCAUUAAACCAAAAUAUGUGUCUGCAAGUAAUCAGUUUUUAUGUUUCGUAUAAAUUUUUAUUAAACUUUAUUCGUUUCAAAUGAGUUUUGAUACUUAUAUAAAAUAUACAUGACAUUAUACAAAUAUUCUGGUGCGUCCCUAAGAAAUUCAUUAUACAGUUUUAAUAAAGAUUAAAAUUAUUUUAAAAACUUUCUGUAAAUAUUGUCAUUUGCUUCUGGCAUUGCAGUCUUUCUGUUUUGUUAUUUGCGUUUCUUGACAUUUGCAUGCAUAAUGUAUAUGCUUCAAUUUGCCUGCCUGUCUACAAUAUUCGGGAUUUUUUUUUUUGAAGAAUUUUGUGUAUUUAAGAGUUCUCAAUAUCUUUUUUGUAGUGUCAAUUGACAAACCACUCUGCAGCGAAAAUUUGGCACAAAUUCUUAAAAUUUUAGUAAAAUAAUCUUAAAUCGUAGAUAUACAGCAUAUAAGGGAAUUGCUUGAGGUCAGCUUUAGUAAUAGCUAAAUACAUUUAAGCUCAUCCUUUUCUUUUUAUUGAACAAUGGUGAAUGAGCUUUUUGUCUUGUGUUUUCCGUAUUGGUAAACAUUGACUCAUAUAAUAUCGUAGUUGUUGCAGCCAGGUUUUGACUGGUUUAACACUUUUUUAAUCUAGUGUGCCUUGCUUUUAAAACA